UUACUAGUACAUGGAGUCACCAAGCGCAAAAGAGUACGAUGCGGCUGAUUACGCAAAGGGGUGUCGACACAUCACCGCCGCGGUGAACAUUGCAAUGCUACGUAAACGUAUGAAGAAGGGUGGGCUGCAUCGUUGCGAGACUUGCGGGAAAGCUACAGCAGGUGGGAAGAAGAAGUCCACGAAAAAACACGCGACGAAGCUGGUCAACGAUCUGGACAAGGUCCAGCUAAAUGCCAUUUGCAUCGCGUGCGGGUUCGUGGGGUGUCUGCACCAAAGCCACACUGUCGCCCAUCUCCAGCACAUGACAAAGCACUAUUGUUUCUUCAACAUGUCCACGAAAGAGAUCUGGUGCGUCAAGUGCGAUGGCGUCGUUCUCGAUCGAAGCGAUCGCAUUGGUCGCGCCAUUCAAGACGUCAUCGCCGCUUACGACGAAAUCGUCGUGGGGAAAAGCGGGCGGAUGCUGCAUGCCAAGGGCGACCACGAGCCAGCCACGGACAAGCCACUGGACCGACCACCCCCAUCCAGCAAGAAGAGCAAACGAGCGAAAGAUCCCAAACCAUCCAAACAUGAGGCAAACGAAGAAGAAGAUGCCGAUGGAACCAUCGUGGAAGCAGCAGCCAUUGGAUUGAUACCAGCAGGCUUGGCAAAUUUGGGCAACACUUGCUACUUCAACUCUACGAUUCAGGCGCUAAAGAGUGUGUUUGCGCCUGUGUUGGCCAACCGAGCUCGACCUUCCAAGGCUAGCGGUGGGGGCGAUAUCACCCGAGCGCUCUUGGACUUCAUUCUGGACGGGAAACCUGCCACCAAGAAGACGGGCAAGCGAGUGUAUAAUCCGUCUCAACUGCUAAGUGCCGUCCGUGAAAAGUGUCGGCAGUUCCGGAACCGGCAGCAGCAGGAUGCGUACGAAGUGCUCUUAGGGCUCGUGUGGGCCAUCGACGACGAAUUCAACGGCAACAGUACAUCAUCCCACGCAACGAAUGCAGAAGAAGGACCAUCCUCGCCACCGAUGGAGCAGAUCUUUGUCCACACCGACGACCACGACACCUUGAGCUUGAUGGUGCGAGAGGGAAGUUCCAUGGAAGAAAUCCAAAAACUCGUCGCCGAGACCCUCCGACUGGACCAAGACGACGUGUUCUUGGCGGGUCCUCCACCGGCAUCAUCAUCGGCGUCGACGCAACCUGGCACCGCGAGCAGCUGGCAUGACAAUUUUGUUGGACGCGCCAUGAUGGGUUGCUUGGUCAAUACAGUGGUCUGUCGGACGUGCAGUACCACGUCCAAAGCGUUCGAUGCAUGCGUGAGCCUCACCUUGUCCAUUCCAAACAACGUGGACGAGUGUGCACUUGAAGACUGCAUGGCGUUGUUUACGGCACCAGGAGAGCUCUCCCAAGCGCAAGGAUGUGGCUACCAGUGCGACCAUUGCAGCCAAACAACGCCGCCCGACCCCUCUCGUCUGCACACUGCUGGGAUCCAACUGCAGCUGCACACACCGGCCCCUGUGCUUGCCCUGCAUCUCAAGCGACUGACACGGCUUAAAAAGCUCAGUCGACACGUUGCAUUUCCUAUGGACCUGGACGUGGCUCCGUAUGUGGCCCAGCCCUUGUAUGGCCCCCACUGGCCCACAACGUACACGCUGCAAGCAGUGGUUGUGCACUCUGGGAACCGUUUUGGAGGACAUUACGUGGCAUAUGUCAAGCAUGGCGCCCAUUGGUUCUUCACGAGUGACACCCACGUCAAGGUCGUGCCGGAAGCCACCGUGUUGGGCGCCGAGGCGUACAUGUUGUUUUACACCAACACCCAAACAUUCGUAUAAAUGAAAAGUUGUUCAAAC